AUGGCGGACUUCACCCCGGAACAGCUGGAGGCAUGUCUGCUGCAGCUCACCCAUCCGGACACGGAGCAGAUCAAGCAGGCAGAGGCGGUGCUCAAGGCCUACACGAAGCAGAUUGCGUCCGUGGGCAGUUUGCUUACGCAGCUGCAGCUCUCGACCAAACCCGAGGUGCGUCAACUUGCCGCGCUCAUGCUGCGCAAGAAGAUCUUCAAGCACUGGCCUAAGCUCGACGCCACUGCCCAGAACCAGGCCAAGCAAGUGCUGCUCAGCCGCGCUGCUGAAGAUCCUGUGCACGUCGUGCGCUCCACGGUGGCUACGCUCAUCGCCGCACUGGCCUUGCACGAGGUACCGGCUGGAAACUGGCCGGAGCUUAUGGUGUUUAUAAACACGUGCGCCAAUAGCGCCAACGUGGAUCAGCGCGAGUUGAGUAUGAAGUUGCUGCAAUUGCUGAGCGAGUCAUUGGGCACGUCGCUUCAGCCGCACUUUAAUGAACUGAAGCAGCUGUACGUAAAGGCUCUACAAGACCCAGAGAACCUUCAGGUCCGCGUAGGCGCCAUGCGUGCUGCUUGCAGCCUCGUGGAGUUCCUUGAGGAGGCCGACCUCCGUGGCUUCCGUGACCUCGUGCCAUUCAUGAUCAAUGUGUUGCAGCAGUGCGUGUCCAGCGGUGCUGAGGCGGAGGCCGUCGAGUUCAUGGACGUGUUUUCUGAGAUCGCGUCGCAUCCUUUCCCUAUUUUGGAUCAGGCUUUCCCGCAGUUCAUUGAGCUGUUGUUGCAAAUCAUCUUGGCCGAGCAGCUUGAAGUGAGCACUCGUGCGUCGGCUAGUUACGCUAUCGGCGAGUUUAUCAAGAAGAAACCGAAGACUAUCGGUAAGAAGAACCUGGUUGCCGCGAUCUUUACCACAAUGCUGGACAUUGUGGCUGCCGAUGAGGCUGUUUCUUGCGGAUUGAUUUCGAAUCUGCUGGCGCGUGAAGGCAAGGCCGAUGGCGAAGAUGAGGAUGAGGAUGAUGAGUCCCCUGGACACUUGGCUCAACAAACCCUUGACUCGCUAGCUCUAAGUGUGCCCGCCAAGUAUCUUAACACUGUGGUGUUUGGCAUUUGCAAUGAGUAUAUCACGUCACAGGACGCCCGCAAGCGUAAGGCUGGUGUACUGGUCCUUGGCAUCCUGUCUGAGGGAUGCUGCGAAUUCAUGUGCCAGAACAUGAACGAACUGCUCCCGGCUGUGUACCGUGUCGCACAAGACGCUGACCAGCACGUUCGUGAGGCUGCCUGCUUUGCCCUCGGCCAGUUUGCUGAGUUCCUGCAGCCUACAAUUACGGACCACUACACAGAUAUUUUGCCUAUAGGUCUGGCUCUGCUUGACGACGCCUCCAAGGUGAUCAAGGCUACGGCCCUGUACGUGCUUGACGAGAUUACACAGAGCAUGGAGAGCGACCAGGUCCUACCGUACCUGGACAUUCUAGUGACCAAGUUGGUGAAUGUACUUCGCACCGGCUCGCCACAGCUGCAGAAGAUGGCUCUCGAUGCCGUUGGCUCGAUUGCUAUUGGUGCCAAGGAUGCUUUCCUGCCUUACUUUCCGUCUGUGGCCGAGCUGAUCCAGCCGUUCUGGGGUGUCACAGACCCGAAGUUCUUUUUCCUUCGUGGUGCUGCCAUUGAGUGCCUUGGCUACCUGGCCACCGCUUUGGGCAAGGAGCCGUUCCGUCCGUACUUUGCGCCUUCGAUGCCGUUUGUAUUCGCGUCAUUUGACCUAGAUGACUCGGAGCUGAAGGAGCAGGCUUUUGUGUAUUUUAUUAACGUAUCGAGCAUUUUCAAGGAGGAGUUCGCGCCAUUCCUAGACCAGGCUGCUGCGCACGUGCUGCAGGCCAUUGUAAGUGACGAAGGUCUUCGGGUGAUGGACGAUGACGAGGACGUGCUGGAGGGUCUGAACUCGGACGACGAGGAGGACGCUGAUGACCAUGUGCUGCGCCAUAUUAGCAUCCGCACGGAUGCACUGAACUCCAAGGUUCGCGCUGUGGCGGCUGUGGAGGAGCUUGCGCUCAAUUGUGGUGGCCCCAUAUUCGAGCCAUAUAUCCCGAAAUUCCUUGAAGCUCUUGCUCCUCUUACGGAGUACAUUCACGAGGACGUUCGUGGCGCUGUGGCCGAAGCCCUAGCUGCGCUUGUCAUCUGCUCCUUCGAGGCUUCACACGCCUCGAGCGGUGACGUACAGGUAUGGACUAAGGGAGACUUCAACAAGAACAUCCUGACGCCUAACAAUGCGGUGGUCACAUCCGCCGUGAUGAAGAGCCUCGUGGAGGAGCUUCUUGAGGACUCUGAGGAGGUUGUGGUGGAGAAGGCCUUUAACGCCAUUAAGGCCAUGAGCGCCCGUGUUGGCCCUGUCGUAACAAUGGACCACAUGAACGAGCUGAUGCGUGUCACCAAGACAGUUCUUGCCCACGAACACGUUUGCCAGACGACCCACGAGGAGGACGAGGACGAGGAAGAAGAGGAGGGAGGAUCUGUACUGGAAAGCGCAUCAGAAUUGAUUGGUGUACUUGCUAAGUGUUACGGCGAGCAGUUCCUCGGCACAUUCCAGGAGCUAUUUCCGGCUUUAUUGUCGUUUGCCACUGGUCUCCGCGCUGUGCGUGACCGUGCCGCUGCUGUUGGCUGCUUUGCUGAGGUGCUCCGUGAGCUGGGCCCCGCCGCUCUGGGUUUCGUUGAGAGCGUGUUCCCGGUGGUCCUGCAAGGCCUCGCUUCGGACAACUACGUUCUAAAGGCUAAUAGCGCAUUUUGUAUGGGCAUCCUCGCGGAGCUCAGCGGUGACAAGCUGGUAAGCGCAUAUGAGCAGAUGCUGCAGGCUCUGCGACCACUGUUCGAGAGUGCUGGCAAUGACGAGGUCGUGAUUGACAAUGCGUGCGCAGCUGUGGCUCGCAUGAUCAUUGCCAGUGGAGCCAAUAUGCCGCUGGAGGCCGUGCUGCCCGUGUUUCUGGGCGCUCUGCCGCUGAAGGCAGACAUGGACGAGAGCCCUGUGUGUUUCCGUUGCCUGAACGGGCUGGUGAGCUCACAGAACCCCGUGGCACUCAACAUGAUGCCACAGGUGCUAGACGUGUAUGCCAAGGCCCUUGCCCCCACGUCGAGCGUGGAUGAGGAGACUCAGGCAGAAGUGAAAGUAUGCGUGCGCGGCCUGCUCCAAGCUUAUGAGGCCCAGAUGAAGGAAGUCAUUGCACGAAUGAGCCCGGACGCCCAAGCUGCUCUCACUUUGGCCCUCAACUAA